ACGCGCUCGAGUGGUGGGUGUGUGACACGAGCCUUCAUAUUUCUCUGACACGAGUCCGAAACUCUCAGAAGAACAAGAAGUCAAGCGGACAGAACCAAGCCAAAAAAAGAAAGGGGGGUGAAAAACUAAUAAAAUUUUUUUGAAAAAAAGACAAAGAAAGGCCAGAGAGAGCAGAGCCGGAGGAUGAGGACCUUCCACAGCCAAAGUCAGCCUGCGCAGCGCGGAGCCGCCAGCAGCCCGCACAGCCUGAGCGGCUGCACCGCCGUGAAUCCACUCAGCACGGCCAGCAUCACCUUUGCAGCACUCCUCAUCCUCACCAUCCCAGUCUGCAACAGUGCUCCGGCAGAACUUCAACAAGCCACAACAGAUCAGAGGCAGAUCCUCAGCCAGAUAGAUGCUAUGUGCUCAUCCUACCUAUCUGCAGACCUGAAGUUUUGGGCAUCUGAUCUCUUAGGCGAGCUCUGUGUCUUGAUGCUGGUCCAGAAGUCAAAGGAGCUGAAAGUGCGAGAAAAUAGUAAAAGGACCCCUGUGUUGCACCCUCUCCUGCACCUAGUUUCUCAACUCCAUACCAGAAGAGAGAAAGGACUCUCAGUGCACGCUGAAGUUCAGGGACCUGGAGGGAUCCAGAGCAGAGGUUACUUCCUCUAUCGGCCACGAAAUGGAAGACGGUCCUUAGAAUAUGAGUAAUUUAAAGUAGAGUCUCCACCUCUGAAGCUUUGUGUACGUAGACAGCAUAGACCCCGAGACCCGAGCCGCUGCACCACGACUGAGUGAUUGAGACUUCAACCACAGCCCUCCGCCACUGCUGUAUAGUGAUGUCUGAAUGUAAACAAACAGUAUAAUUCAAAUACUACUCAUUUGUUCAGAUUUUAUUUUAUGUUACGCGUGUGUCAUUUGCAUUAAAACUGCUAUAAUGUGGUUGGGUGUAGUUGUGUACGUUUGAUUUGCUACACAUUAUGAAUAAAUAUUUCACUGCAUUUGGAAAAAGUGUAAAAAAAAAUGCAUGCAUGCAUGAAUGAAUGCAGAUACAUAACAAUCCUUAAAAAAGUCUUGCAUAUUGUAAAACUGAAGUUAAACUUCAGGAAUAUUUAAACCACAAUAAAAGCAUUUAUUUGACA